AUGGAGCGCAGAUAUAGAGUGCCAGAGGGCAUCAGAGAGUUUCGUCUGUCUAGUAACAUUGCGCGUUUCGCCAAUUCCAUCCGGCGUAGUGCUAUGGCUGACCUCACCAAACAGGAUGAGAAAGCUAUAUACGACCUCAUCAGAGAGCUGGUAUUAAUUGACGAGCACAUGAUACCGUCAGAGCCGGGUUAUUCCCUCUAUAUUCGCCCGACAUGCAUUGGAACCCAAGCCAUAUUAGGAGUAUUGCCUCCUACUGAUGCCAAGUUGUUCGUCAUUAGCAGUCCUGUCGGACCGUAUUAUAAGUCUGGAUUCAAACCAGUGUCGCUACUAGCAUCUAGCAAGGCUGUUAGGGCUUGGCCUGGAGGCACGGGUGCUCAGAAGGUCGGGGGUAAUUACGGACCAACGCUCUUACCGCUGCGGGAAGCAAUCGAGAUGGGGUAUUCACAAAUACUAUGGUUACUCCCGACCGACUCGUCGGCUGAGGACUACUAUGUAACGGAGGUUGGUACUAUGAAUCUGUUCUUGGUGUUCCGUACUCCUGAUGGUAUGGAAGUGGUGACACCACCGUUGAGUGAUGUGAUACUACCAGGAAUCACCAGAGACUCGGCGCUUCAAGUUUUGAGGUCCGAGGGGGCUCCCCGUGGCAUAGAGGUAUCAGAGAGGCAUGUAACCAUAAACGAGGUCAUCGCUGCCUAUGAGGCCGGCAAUCUCCUCGAAGUCUUUGGUACGGGGACAGCAGCUAUUGUGUGUCCAGUUGAUUUGAUCAACUUCAAAGGAAAGGAUAUCCAUAUACCAGUGGACAAUCAAGUUGGGACCGGGCCUAUCUGCAAGUUUGUUUUGGACACCAUUCAAGAAGCUCAGAGAGGAUUAGGAGUGUUUGGUGAGAAGUGGUCAACACUGUGGACCCAGGAUAUGCGUAUAACGCAAAGUCCUGUAAAUUUCUAGUACGCCGAUGUUUGCCACCAAUACACCCAAGCGUAACUUUUUAACGUCCUGUACUAUUCUCAUUAUUAAUAGUCUAUGUUGGUCUAAUGCGAAUGCCGAUCUCGCAUCCUCAUCAUCAUCAUUGCUCCUCCUCCUGCUGCUGCUACGCCAUCGGCGGCGACACCGCAGGCUAUAGUACAUGAGUUUUCUAACUUGAGCUCCAUUUUUGAGGGUG